AUGGAUUUCUACCUUCUCGUGGUGUCCGGUGUCAGUACCCUCUCGUUUCGUGGAGGGGAAGCGAAAAGAAUCCAGGUGGUGCGGGUAGGGCCGAGCCGCAGAGUUUUCCGCGGAAAACGGGUUAUGAAAACCAUCCGACGAUUGUCUACUCGACUCGUACUCGAGACCGAAGCUGGGCUUGUAUUCCCAGUGGAUGUGGUAUCGCCUAGACAAGAGACAGGACACCUCUGA